UACUUGAUAAAAACAAGACAAUUAUGAUAACAGGUAGAAAUUAUUUGGAUGCAGAAUCAAGCGACGAAGAUAGUCCAGGAAAACCUCGUCGAGUAACUGAUGAGACUCUUCAAGUAUCAGCUAAACCUAGAGUAUCAUAUUCAACUGAUGAACUUGAAGCUUUGACAAACUAUAUUAAAGGCUUAAUAACUCUACGAGAUUUACAGCCAAGUGAUUGGAAUAAAUCAGUCAUCACAGCAAUUCAAGAAUUCAUUCAAUAUCCUGAUGAACGAAUCCUCUCAAUUUAUGAUUGUGGUGGAUUAAUUGGAUCAUCAAAUUUUCCUACAGUUCCAGUUCAUGAAUUAACAUACUUUGUUCGUACAAAUGAUGAAAUAUUUACAUCAAAAAAUCUUCCUGAUACAAUUUUAUUUGGUACAAGUAAUUCCAAUGUUGAAUCAACAAUAUCACAACUCAUGGAAACAAUGCUAGCACCUUCUUUUUUCAUCAUAACCCGUUGGCCAGAAAGUGUCAAAGCAGACUUUUGCAAUAUGCUACAUGAUUAUUUAUGUCACCUAACUGAUCUCAGGUAUAAAAUGCAUGGUUUAACUGUCAUGUAUUUGCCUCUUGAAGGUAAUAAGCUACAUUACAAAGAUGCAUCAACAAAUCAAGAAUUUGUAAAACGUCUAGAAAAAAUUGUUGUUCAAUGGACAAGACAAAUAAAACUUGCUCUUGUUGAUCAACAACAAUUAACAAAUUAUGAAUUAUUAACUCUUUAUGAUGAAUAUGAUUUUUGGAUAUACAGAUGUAAAUAUUUAAGUGAAAUUUUUUUUUUUUCUUCAAGCAAAAUAACAAUCAUUUGCUAAUUCAACAGAUAAAAAUCUUUGUGGAUUAAAUUAUCAAUUGAAAAAUCCAAUUGCACAACAUGUUGUUGAAAUUCUUAUCAAUGCUGAAUCAACAUGUGUUGUACAAUUUGUUACACUUAGCAUGGACAUUGACAAGGGCAUCAAAGAAGCCAAAUCAAAUAUAAUGUAUUUAGAUAUUUUAAAAAAUCCAUGUAUUGAAUUGAAUAAUUGCUCAUCACCAGAAUCAGUUGCAUUACAUAUUACAACAAUUUUACAUUUACUAUCUUUUGUUGGACUACAAUCACCUUAUUUUAAUACAACUAAACGAAUAACACAUUUAU